GUCCUAUACGGACAACGUAUGUCUUGGUACUCGUAAGCCCCUGAAUGCCCGUCACGGCGAAGUAAAUAGCUCUGCCUUAGUGGCCUCGUGGGCAGCGUCGUCCACAGUUUGGUAGCAGGCACAGCGAUGGCUAGUUACUACCAUGACGCAAGGGCGCACGCCCGUAAGCUCAAGGAGAUGUCCGAGGACAAUAAGCGCCGUGCAGAGCGCAAAGCGGAAAUUGCAGAGACGCAGGUUGAGCACCCGUUGAAUUACCUUUUUGUUGAGGGGCGGGCUUGCAGAACACACCGAAAUACUGAGCAACACCAGAAUCUUGAAAGCGGGGCUGGCCUUAUCCCGUGGGGAAAUGGAGGCUCCCUCAUCGACCGGUUCGACGGGCGCGCGCUGCUGGACUUCUAUCGUGAGCCCGACCCAUCCGCAUGGUCACGACCAAAAUCUGCACAGGAAGAAAAACUCGAUCAGUCGCUGCGCUUCGAGAGCUUUCGCGAUGUGGUGCGGCUGACGGCGAAGGGUUUGGGCGAGGAGGAGGGGCUGGCGUUUGCCCGGCAGGAGAACAUUGAGAUCCGCGCGGCCAUGCGGGCGGCAGCAACAGCUGCGGCAGUUGCGGCUGCGGGUCAGCGCAACCCACAGUCAUUGAGCAUGGCUGCGACAGCGGGCGCAGGGACGGGCAUGUUUUCAGCCGUGGGCUUCAACUAUGGCGGCGGGCAGGCAGGCGCCGGAGGAGCAGCCGGCGACAGCAGCAGCAGCGACUCUGACAGCGAUGCGGAGAGCGAGCAGGGGGAUGAAGGGGACGUCGAUGCGAGGCAGGAGGCUGAAGACGACCGAAUAGAUGACAUUGCAGAGCUGUACGGCCUCACCGACUUCUCCUACCGGCUGCACCGGGCGCAGGAGCAGGAGGGAGAGGAGGAGGCGCGACUGCGCAAGCCGCCCAGGCGGCGGGGCAGCCGCAAGAACGCCAAGGAGCGCGCCCGGCGCAUGAAGGGCAUGGGUCUGGACCCCACCGGCGUCCCCAUCGGCCCCGCGCGCGACUGGACGCAGCCGCCGCCCCCGAGGUCCUCUGCGCAGGACACCCGCCUGCUGCCGCCGCCACCUAGGUCCGCUCGUGACGCGCUGGACGAGGGCGGCCACCGACGAAGCUCGCCUACCUACUACGGCUCCCGGCGCUCGAGGUCCAAGUCGAGGUCGAGGUCGCGAUCCCCGUCACGCUCGCGAUCGAGAUCUCCCAGGAGGCGCCACCGCACCAGCAGCCGGCCGCAGUUCAUCACGGAGUUCUCGUCAUCGGCCGCGGCCGACUCCCGAGCUGGCGCCAGCGGCAGGGGAGGGCCCAGCGGGGUGGCGGCGCUGGCAGCGCAGCAGCAGCAGCUGGCGGUCAACAGACCCAACAUCGACAGGUCUGUGUUUGAGCGCGACGAGGCCAUCCUGGACGCGCUGCCGGACAUGCCCGACCCCGCAGCGCUGGGCGCGCAGCCCAUCCCUGUGCCUCCCACCAGCGUGCAGGCAAUACGGGCUGCGGCAGAGAACCGCAGCCAGCGAGGUGGCAGCGGCAGCGGGCGGCGCGAGCGGGAGCGCGACGAGCGGGAACGGGAGCGCGAGCGCGAGCGGGACUACCAUGGCUACAGCUACCGGCGGCGCUACGAGCAGCCGCACGCCGGCAGCAGGAGCCGCAGCAGGAGCCGCAGCCGGGAGCGGGACAGAGAGCGGGACCGGUCGCACGGCGGGAGUGGCGCCAUCGAGGGCGACAGGGCUCGGGAGCGGCCGCGGUGGGGCGGGGCAGCGAGUACGAGCGCGCCGGGUGCCGGUGCUGCGAAUGGCAAGGUGCCGGUACCCCACCCCUCCGCCUCCGCGCCCAGCACGGCUAGGGCGGCGCUACCGGGGACCUCGGCGACUGCUGCGGGCGGGGGCUCAACACCGGCUGGGGCUGCUGGGGCUGCUGCUGCAUCUAUUCCUGCUUCUGCUGCUGGUUCUGCGUCCGUCAAGGAGACCCCGCAGGAGCGGUUGAAGCGCAUCAUGGCCGCGCAGCUCAACAAGCAGGCGCAGAAGGACCACUUGGUGGCAGCACAGCGGAAGCUGCAGGUCGAGAAGGAGAAGGAAGCGCGUCAGGCCUUUGAGCGUGUUGUCAUGCGCCGCUCGCCCUCGCCACCUCCCCGAGAGGGCUCCGAGCACGAAUCCUACCGCAGGGGACGUUCACGGUCGCGUUCUCCGCGGGGAGGUGGGAGUCACAGGCGGCGGAGUCGCAGCAGGUAAAUGUGGAGCGGCGAUGUUGUUGUGCGCAUUGAGUGCAUGGAGGACAUUCGGUAGAAAAAUAAAUUAGGAAGUGCAUGGGAGGCAUUGGUUAAGACCAGUUGGGUAUUCAGGCGUUGCGGCAGGUGCGCGGAGGAGCGUGAGAGAUAUGAGAAAGCUGUUGGUAAGCUGCAUUGGUGUGAGUAGUGAGAGGGACGGUGGCUGCUGCGUCAAAUAGCACAGGGACUUGGGCAUAGAACAGUCUGUGGAUGAGUGCAAGUACUCGAGAUACAGGCACACAUGCAACUGUAAC